UAUGCAAUGCUUAGCUGUUUGCAGUGUGAAUUGUUAAUUACUCUACACGAAGUUAGCUACUAGAUAGCAUCCUUGCUUGCUUGCUAGCUAACUAACGUUACGGAUAUUGCCAUGUAACGUUACGGGGAGCAUUAACGCUGGAUAGAUAGCGGUAUGCAGCUAGCUUGGCAUUUAUCGUACGCAUAUGCACUGGUUACUGGUGAUUUUAAUGGUAUAACCUCAUUCAUGAGCCGAGCUUGGUUUAGCAGUCAUGGAUGACAAGGCCUCGGUUGGGAAAAUUAGCGUGUCGUCCGACUCGGUUUCCACCCUCAACAGUGAGGACUUUGUGCUGGUGUCCCGGCAGGGCGACGACACGCCCUCCACUAAUAACGGUAGCGAUGACGAAAAGACAGGACUGAAGGUAAUUUCUGAGGAAGGUGUCAGCUUUAAGAUCGUGGGGAACGGCAGUGAGCAGCAGUUGCAGCGGGAGCUGGAGGAUGUUCUGAUGGACCCGUCUGUGGCCGAGCAGGUGGGCGGAGCUGGGGGGGACCAUGGCGACGGCCCAGGGUACCCCACCACAGCCGCACCUCUACAGGUGUGCCCCGCACCCCCCGGCACCCUCCCCAAACUGGAGCUGCCCGUGCAGUCGCAGGAGGGCGAGUACGCGUACAGGGACGACUCGUCGGAGGCCAGCCCCAGCACCCCGGUGCUGGACGAGGGCAGCGUGGUGUUCAGCCAGCUCACGUACCUGGGCUGCGCCUCGGUCAACGCCCCCCGCAGCGAGGUGGAGGCCCUGCGCAUGAUGAGCAUCCUGCGGGGGCAGUGCCAGCUGCCCCUCGACGUCACGCUGUCCGUGCCCGGAGUCUCCGAGGGCACCGUCAGGCUCUUGGACCCUCAGUCGAGCACAGAGAUCGCCAACUACCCCAUCUACAAGAUCCUGUUCUGCGUCCGCGGGCACGACGGCACGUCAGAGAGCGACUGCUUCGCCUUCACCGAGAGCCACUACAACUCCGAGAUCUUCCGCAUCCACGUCUUCCGCUGCGAGAUCCAGGAAGCGGUCAGCCGGAUAUUGUACAGCUUCGCCACGGCCUUCCGGCGGUCGGCCAAUAAGACGCCUCUGUCGGGCCAGGCCCCGCCCCUCACGCCCGACAGCGAUGUCUUCACCUUCACCGUCAGUCUGGAGAUCAAGGAGGACGAUGGGAAAGGCACUUUCAGUGCCGUGUCAAAAGACAAAGACAAGCAGAGCUUCAAACUGCGUCCGGGGAUGGACAAAAAGAUCGUCAUCUGUGUGCAGCAGACUUCCAACAAAGAGCUGGCCAUCGAGAGGUGUUUCGGGCUCCUGUUGAGCCCAGGUAAGGACGUGAGGAGCAGCGAUAUGCACCUGCUGGACCUGGAAUCCAUGGGAAAGAGCUCCGAUGGGAAGUCCUACAUCAUCACGGGGAGCUGGAAUCCCAACACGCCGCAGUUCCAGGCCGUGAACGAGGAGACACCCAAAGAUAAGUUCAUGUACAUGACGACGGCGGUGGACCUGGUCAUCACGGAGGUGGAGGAGCCGGUGCGGUUCCUGCUGGAGACGCGGGUUCGAGUGUGUUCCCCCAGCGAGAGGCUCUUCUGGCCCUUCAGCAAGCGCAGCUACACUGAGACCUUCUACCUGAAACUCAAACAGAUGGAGAGGAAGGAUCGGAAGAGCAACUCGGACACGCUGUACGAGGUGGUGAGCCUGGAGAGCGAGUCGGAGCGGGAGAAGAGGAGGACCACGGCCAGCCCCGGCCUCCCGCAGUCCGCCUCCCAUGGCUCCAUGGUGCCCUCGCCCCCCGAGGACGACGAGGAGGAAGACAACGACGAGCCGUUGCUCAGCGGGUCGGGGGACGUGUCGAAGGAGUGCGCCGAGAAGAUCCUGGAGACCUGGGGAGAUCUGCUGACCAAAUGGCACCUGAACCUGGCGGUGCGGCCGAAGUCCCUCCCCGCGCUGGUGCGCAGCGGCGUGCCAGAAGCCCUGAGGGGGGAGGUGUGGCAGCUCCUGGCCGGUUGCCAUAACAAUGACCACCAGGUCGAAGAGUACCGUACCCUCAUCACCAAGGAAUCUCCUCAGGACAGUGCCAUCACCAGGGACAUUAACCGGACAUUUCCAGCGCAUGACUACUUCAAGGACACGGGUGGCGAUGGGCAAGACUCGCUCUACAAGAUCUGCAAGGCGUACUCGGUGUAUGAUGAGGAGAUUGGGUACUGUCAGGGCCAGUCGUUCCUCGCUGCCGUGCUGCUGCUGCACAUGCCCGAGGAGCAGGCCUUCAGUGUUCUGGUGAAGAUCAUGUUUGACUACGGACUCAGGGAGCUCUUCAAACAGAACUUUGAGGACCUGCACUGCAAGUUCUUCCAGCUGGAGCGCCUCAUGCAGGAGUACAUCCCAGACCUGUACAACCACUUCCUCAACGUCAGCCUGGAGGCUCACAUGUACGCCUCUCAGUGGUUCCUCACUCUCUUCACCGCCAAGUUCCCCCUCUACAUGGUCUUCCACAUCAUCGACCUGCUGCUCUGCGAGGGCAUCAGCGUCAUCUUCAAUGUGGCUCUGGCCUUACUGAAGACCUCCAGGGAUGACCUGCUCCAGACCGACUUCGAGGGGGCCCUGAAGUUCUUCCGAGUGCCCGUCCCCAAGCGCUACCGGUCCGAGGAGAACGCCAAGAAGCUGAUGGAGUUGGCCUGCAGCAUGAAGAUAAGUCAGAAGAAGCUGAAGAAGUUUGAGAAGGAGUACCAGACCAUGAGGGAGCAGCAGGCUCAGCAGGAGGCCCCCAUCGAGAGAUACGAGAGAGAGAACCGCCGGCUCCAGGAAGCCAACAUGCGUCUGGAGCAGGAGAACGACGACCUGGCCCACGAGCUGGUCAGCAGCAAGAUCGCCCUGCGCAAGGACCUGGACAACGCCGAGGAGAAGUCAGAUGCCCUCAACAAGGAGCUACUGAUGACCAAGCAGAAGCUGGUGGAGUCGGAGGAUGAGAAGAGGAGACUGGAGGUGGAGUCGGGACAGCUGAAGGAGAUGUGCAGGAGGGAGCUGGACAAGUCCGAGUCUGAGAUCAAGAAGAACGGCUCCAUCAUUGGGGAAUACAAGCAGAUCUGCUCCCAGCUGAGCGACCGUCUGGAGAAGCAACAGGCGGCCAACAAGGGCGAGCUGGAGAAGAUCCGGCAAAAAGUGGAGGGGUGUGAGAAGUGCAGCGUGCUCUUCAACAAGGAGGGCCGUCUGAAGGUGGUGAGCCUGCCCAAGGAGGGCAGUGAGGAGGACACGGACCAGGAGAAGGAGGACCUGAAGAACCAGCUGAGGGAGCUGGAGCUGGAGCUGGCCCAGACAAAACUGCAGCUGGUGGAGGCCGAGUGCAAGAUCCAGGACCUGGAGCACCAUCUGGGUCUCGCACUGAACGAGGUCCAAGCAGCCAAGAAGACCUGGUUCAACAGGACGUUAAGCUCUAUCAAGACUGUGACGGGCGCCCAGGGCAAAGAGACCACCUAACCCGGGGGACAGGGAACGAGACUGUCUCCCACCCUCCCCCCCCUCUCCCUCCUCCCCCACGCUGGUCAGAGGUACCACCCACUCCUGGGACCAGAGUCAACACGCAGUGGGGUUUUUAAUAAGAAAAUAAAGAAAAAGGACAAUGAUCAUUGGGCACAACCUUCCCAAACAAAAACAUACGUAAAAAUAAAAGAGGCUUUAACUUUAGAGGAGUCUUUAUACUACUGAUAUUUAACAGGUAAGGAAGGCGAUAAAGAUCUGUCUGAACUGUCCUCCGAGACACAGGAAAACACUCCAUCUACUGUCCUGCUCAAGACUACUUGCACAAAACUCGAAAUCAAAUCUAGUUAGGUACGAGUGCUAACAGCCUCCUUUUCAAACUUGUUAGCUUUUCUAAUUUGUUUCUGUUUAACAGUAACUUUUGUUUUCUACGUACGUACAUGCAUAUUGAUAGGUGUGUGUGUGGCUGUGAAUGUGUGUGUGUGUGUGUGUGUGUGUGUGUGUGUGUGUGUGUGCAGGCAUGUGAUGAAUGGAUGGUGUUCCUGUGAAGUUUCAUGAUAAGAGAAUGAAAGGAGGCUGAUCCUGUCGACUGAGAGGGAGACGGAGGAAGUUCUUGACGAAACCUUAGAGUUGACCGAGGUGAAGAACGCUGGCAGUUGCUGAGCGUUCUUCAGUACCAGACCACUAGUCGGGGCUUGUAGUGAUGAAGAACUGAAUUGCUGUCCUUUAGAUUUGUAGUGCUGGGUCAGAGCUACGGGUAGCUGCAGAGAGGCAACGCCUCUAAAGCUGUACCUACCUAAACCUCGCCCCCACCGCGCCUCGAGCCUCGCGUUACGCUGGUCUCCAGGGCUGCAGCCGUGGUGUUUGUGCCACGUAGCGCUUAAUGAAGGCCGCUUGUAGCGCUGCCUCUAGACCCAGACUCCAGUGACCCCGCCCCUCCGAGACGCGAGAGGGCGGGACCAACGGCCGGCUGGGAGUGCACUGAGCGAAUAGGAGGGCAGAGUCUUACGAUGUUAACCCAUGUUUCAGGAGAGGGAGGGCCGUGUGUGUGAGGGGAGGUCGUUGCACCUUAUUCAUAUUUAUAAUGGGCUCUUGCUCACUGAAGUCCUUGUUGAUGUUCGUGGAGAGCCUGUGUGUGCUGAGAAAAGGGUUCAUUCCAAAAGGCACUGGGUUGUAUAUAAGAAGCGUUAUGUUUGUUUUGUAUUUCAACUUUUUCCUCGGUAACUGUACUAAUGUUGCCUAAUGUACUACGUUACAGAUUUAUGACAUGUUUAUGCUCAAAAGCUUCCGUCUUAAAAUGUCAAUCCGCUGUCUCUUCCAUUACAUGCCAAAAUGUACCUGUCAUCCAAGCAUUAUGAAAGUGUGGACAUUGUAAUAGUGUAGAUUGCAUUGUGUAUACUUCAUGCAUUUAAAUAUAAAUAUGAAAAAAGCUAUCUGCACAAA